CCUCUCCAUUCACCUUCCUCUCCCUGGUUACUCACUGCAUGUUGUGUAGCCAUAGCAGAAGAAGUAGUUGAAGAGGUAGUUGAAGAGGUAGUAGAAGAAGAAGUGGUAGAGGAAGAGGUAGAAGUGGCCCCAGAGGCAGCCCCAGAACCAGAGGCAGAGCCUGAGCCAGAGCCCGAGCCAGAGGCAGAGCCUGAGCCAGAACCAGAGGCGGAAGAGGUCGUUGAAGAGGAAGCCCAAAAGCCACAGUUCAAGGUACCAAAGAUUCCUGAUGGCGAUAAAGUGGACUUUGACGACAUUCAGAAAAAGCGUCAGAACAAGGAUCUUAUUGAGCUGCAGGCCCUGAUAGAUGCUCACUUUGAGCACAGAAAGAAGGAGGAGGAAGAGCUCAUCGCCCUCAAAGAAAGAAUUGAGAAGCGUAGGGCUGAGAGGGCCGAGCAGAACAGGAUCCGUAGCGAGAAGGAGAAGGAGCGCGCGGCGAGACGUGAGGAGGAGAGGCUGAAGAGGGAGGAAGCAGAUGCCAAGAAGAAGGCUGAUGAGGACGCAAAGAAGAAGUCUGCCCUGUCCAGCAUGGGCUCCAACUACAGCAGCCAUCUGCAGAAGGCUGACUCAAAGAGAGGUGGGAAAAAGGAAACUGAGAGAGAGAAGAAGAAGAAGAUCCUGGCAGGCAGACGCAAGGCCCUGAACAUCGACCAUCUGAAUGAAGAGAAACUGAAGGAGAAGGCAAAGGAGCUGCAUGAAUGGAUGCAGACACUGGAGUCUGAGAAGUUUGACCACAUCGAGAGGCUGAAGAGGCAGAAGUAUGAGGUCACAACCCUGCGUAAGAGAGUGGAGGAGCUGAGUAAAUUCUCCAAGAAGGGUAAAACGGUUCGCAGAAAGUAAACGGUACCGUUCUGCUGCUUGGAGCCCAGACUGCCACCGUACUACCGGACACGAGCAUAAUGCAGCAACAACAACACACACUUACGCUAAGAUGAUGGCUCGGACACGACUAACACUAUGUCUUAAUGUUUGCAUAUUCACAAAAGAUGUGCUACGGUCUACAGACGUAGAACGGAGCCAUUAGCUGCUGUUGUAGGAAUUAUCCCUCACGCUUUCUCUCCCUGGACUGUUUGGUUCUCAGUAUUUUUGUAAAUAAAGUGUGACUCUUCAA